CCCGGCGGCCUGAUCGGGGCCAGCUUCAAGUCCACGGCCUCGGUGCAGGAGCUGGAGUGCGUGGCCGAGUACGAGCGUCUGAAGAAAGAGUACGAGAUCUUCCGCGUCAGCAAGAACAACGAGGUGGCCUCCAUGGUGAAGAAGGAGGCCAAACUGGACAGGGAGAACAAGCGGCUGCGCGCAGAGUUGCAGGCACUUCAGAAGACUUACCAGAAGAUACUUAGAGAGAAAGAAAGCGCGCUAGAAGCUAAAUACCAAGCCAUGGAGAGAGCUGCCACGUUUGAACAUGAUCGAGACAAGGUCAAAAGGCAGUUCAAGAUUUUUAGGGAAACAAAAGAAAAUGAGAUUCAGGACUUACUGAGGGCCAAACGAGACCUAGAAGCAAAACUUCAGAGACUCCAGGCCCAAGGAAUCCAAGUAUUUGAUCCUGAAGAGUCUGAUUCUGAUGACAAUUGUACAGAUGUCACAGCUGCUGGGGCUCAAUCUGAAUAUUGGAAUGGAGGAGCCUUGGGAAGUGAGCCAUCCAUGGGCAGUAUGAUGCAACUUCAGCAGUCUUUCAGGGGGCCUGAAUUUGCUCACAGCUCUAUUGAUGUUGAGGGACCAUUUGCAAAUAUAAACAGGGAUGACUGGGAUGCUGCUGUUGCCAGUAUAUUACAGGUUACUCCUCUAUUUUCCCACUCUCUGUGGAGUAACACAGUGAGAUGUUUUAUUAUUAGCACUGAUGAGACUCAACCAGAAGUGGAAAUCUUCAUUAAAAACUACUCACCAAAACUUCAAAGAAUCUGUGAAACAAUGGGCUACUUCUUUCAAGUUGUUCAUUUUCCAGCAGAAAAUGAAAAUCAUUUUAAAGAAGUACGAAAAUGGGAAAUUGAAAAAAGUUCAUUAGUCAUUUUGCUCCUACAUUUAACUUUGCCAAGUUGUUUGUUGGAAGACUGUGAAGAAGCCUUCUUGAAAAAUCCAGAAGAAAAACCCCGUCUGAUUUACCACAGAAUGGGUGAUGACAGAGUCAGCUCAGACUCAGUGCAGCAGUUAAUUGAGCAAAUUUCUUAUGUGAACAAAGCAAAGAUGAUUGAUCACAUGGGAGGUGUGGAGGAAGGAACAUAUGAAAUCUAUACUUGUGUGGAGAAGAUAAUUAAACAGGAUAUAUUGGGUUGUGAAAUGACAGAACUAGAAGGCAAAGAUUUGGGUAAUAAGGAAGAAUCCACUGCUCCUGAAGAAGAAGUUUUUGGCGAUGUACUUUGGGAUGCACAUGAUGAGCAGGAACAGAUGGAAGCUUUUCAGCAAGCCUCUAAUUCAACGUGUGAACUGGGAUUUGAGAAAUAUUUUGAACGUCUAAAUGACCUAGUAGCAGCACCAGCACCAAUUCCACCUCUGCUUGUAUCAGGAGGACCAGGUUCUGGGAAAUCUCUCCUUUUGUCAAAAUGGAUUCACUUGCAACAGAAGCAUUCACCAAACACUCUGAUUCUUUAUCACUUUGUUGGGAGGCCCAUGUCCACCAGUUCAGAAUCUGCAUUAAUAAUUAAACGCCUUACUUUAAAGCUUAUGCAACAUUCUUGGUUAGUGUCACCUCUGACCUUGGAUCCAGCUAAACUUCUGGAAGAAUUUCCCCGCUGGCUGGAGAAACUUUCUGCACGUCAUCAAGGCAGCAUAAUUAUAAUUAUCGAUUCUAUUGACCAAAUACAGCAAGCUGAAAAGCAUAUGAAAUGGCUGAUAGAUCCACUGCCAGUGAAUGUGAGAGUGAUCGUAUCAGUGAAUGUAGAAACGUGUCCACAGGCUUGGAGGUUGUGGCCUACUCUUCAUCUUGAUCCACUGAAUUCCAAAGAUGUUAAAGCUCUCAUUAGUGCAGAAUGUAGCUCUGUGAAUGUUAAAUUGACUAAGGAGCAGGAGAAGAAGCUUGAGAGACACUGUCGUUCUGCCACAACUUGCAAUGCUUUGUAUGUCACUCUUUUGGGCAGAACCAUUGCUCGUGUUGGAAGUGCAGGAAAUAUUGAUGAAACCCUUCAGCAGUGUUUCCAAUGCCAAGACACAGUGUCCUUGUACAGGCUUGUUCUGAGAUCAAUUCAAGAAUCAUUGUGCAGUGAUAAGGAGAAAGGUCUUUUGAGAGAGAUACUGUGUGUCAUUGGUGUUAGCCACAAUGGUGUGAGCGAAUCUGAGCUGAUGGAACUGUAUCCUGAGCUGUCUUCUGCAGUGCUAGCCUCACUCAUUCACAGCCUGCACAAAAUGUGUUUGCUGACAUAUGGCUGUGGUUUGCUCAAGUUCCAGCAUCUCCAGGCUUGGGAGAUGGUGAGAUUAGAGUAUAUGGAAGAAGGUCUGAAUGUUAUUUCAGCCUACAGACAAAAACUUGUGGACUAUUUCACCAUGCAGCUAAGUCGAGACCGAGUGACUUGGAGAAGUGCAGAUGAACUUCCCUGGCUCUUCCAGCAACAGGGUGACAAACAAAAGCUACACAAGUGUCUUUUGAAUCUCUUUGUAUCCCAGAACCUUUACAAAAGGGGACAUUUUGCAGAAUUGCUGAGUUACUGGCAGCUGGUUGGGAAAGAUAAGAGCUCUAUGGCAGCUGAGUAUUUUGACUCUCUGAAAGAAUAUGAAAAAAGCUGUGAGGGAGAGGAAAGUAUGAUCUGCCUGGCUGAUCUUUAUGAGACCCUGGGACGGUUUCUUAAGGACCUAGGUCUUCUCAGUCAGGCUGUAGCUCCUUUGCAGCGGUCUCUGGAGAUUCGAGAGACUGCGCUGGAUCCAGACCACCCAAGGGUGGCACAAUCACUUCACCAGUUAGCGGGAGUUUAUGUUCACUGGAAGAAGUUUGGGAACGCUGAACAGCUGUAUAAACAGGCACUGGAAAUCUCUGAAAAUGCUUAUGGAGCUGAACAUCCUCGGGUAGCCCGGGAACUCGAUGCUCUUGCCAUGUUGUACCAAAAGCAGAACAAAUAUGAACAAGCUGAGCAGUUGAGAAAAAAGUCCUUCAAAAUACGCCAAAAAGCAGCAAGACGAAAAGGCAGUCUGUGCGGCUUUGCUCUUCUGCGUCAAAGAGCCCUGCAACUGGAAGAGCUCACACUGGGCAAGGAUACACCAGACAAUGCUCGAACCCUCAAUGAGCUGGGAGUCCUUUAUUACCUGCAAAAUAAUCUUGAGACAGCAGAACUUUUUCUGAAGCGCUCCCUGGAAAUGAGAGAAAGAGUCCUGGGACCCAGCCAUCCCGACUGCGCACAGUCUUUGAACAAUCUGGCAGCCCUGUACAAUGAGAAGAAGCACUACGAGAAGGCAGAGGAACUCUAUGAAAAAGCUUUGGACAUCAGGAGGAGAGCACUGGCUCCAGACCAUCCCUCCUUGGCUUACACAGUGAAACACCUGGCAGUGCUGUACAAAAAGAUGGGGAAGCUUGACAAGGCUGUUCCUCUGUACGAACUAGCUGUUGAAAUACGACAGAAGUCAUUUGGCCCCAAACACCCCAGUGUAGCGACAGCUUUGGUCAAUCUGGCUGUUCUUUAUUGUCAGAUGAAAAAGCAGACUGAAGCUUUACCUCUUUAUGAACGUGCAUUAAAGAUUUAUGAAGACAGCUUUGGUCACAUGCAUCCUCGUGUGGGAGAAACUCUGAAGAACUUGGCUGUGCUCAGCUAUGAAGGGGGAGAUUUUGAGAAGGCAGCUGAACUUUACAAGAGAGCUAUGGAAAUAAAAGAAGCAGAGACUUUGUUAAUAGGUGGAAAAGCAAUUUCUCGACACUCAUCGAGUGGAGACACAUUCAGUUUAAAAAGUGCAUUGUCACCAAACAUUUUCCUGGAACCUGGACAAAGGUGAUAGAGACCUACUCAAAGAAAAGAUAGUUUCUAUUGCUAUUUUGUUUUAUAUAAAAUUAUUAAGAAAACCUAUUUUUCCUGGGUUAAAUUACUACUUUGGAACGUAAGACUGUCUUCAUGAAUGACAGAAAAACAUGUUUAAGCUUGAAAUCCUUCCACGUUAACUUUGUGGACUGUGUGGUACAAAAGUGAGUUUCUUCUUCUGUAUGCAGAUAUGUGUAUAAGGUACUUGCUCAAGCUAUAGUUAAUGCCAAAAACAUAUAGAUUUAAUACCUCUUAUCCUAAGUGCCAGGAUUAUAACAAGAUAAACUGAACCAAUGGGAUAUAUUUUAUGUGGUAGUUCUUACUUCUAUGUUGCAACAGCUUUUAUGUAUUUUUGUUUCAACUUUCUUGACCUCUUCAGAAGCUUGUAAAAUUGUUUCUAAAGUGAUAGAAAUUUUGAAAAAGUCACGAUACUGUUUUACCCAAAGUUUUACCUUUGAGGUAAUUUCAUCUUUAAGCAAACUUAGAUUCAAGAGACUUCUGCAAAAAUAAUUGAUUUCCUUGGGAAGCAAGUGUAUCUGAAGGUAUCACUGUAUACAAGUAAAACUUGUCAGAUUCAACAACUGUAGUUGUUCAGUGAAAACGCUUCCAGUGAGGAAUCUGAAUGAAAAGGAGUAUGAUAUGAUGCCUUAUUGUUAAACCUUUAAAUAUACUUCCAUUAUUCAAUCUCAUUGAAUCCUUUGCAAUCCAAGAAUGCUUGUGUAAGCUGGAAGAAUCCACCAAUACAAAAUAGUUUGCCAUCCAAUAAAAAGAUGCUAAUUAAAUCUA